AUGGCUAUUUCAUUAGUACAACUUGGCAUUGUAUUACGACAAAUUAUUAUACCAAUAAUUAUAUUUUUUGGUACACUAGGAAAUUCACUCAAUAUUAUUAUACUUACUAGACCUGCCCUGUUCAAGCAUGCUUGCUCUCGUUAUUUUCUGAUACUUGCUUGCACGAAUCUUUUCUCUGCAAGCGUGGUUCUUACUUUCCGUCUUUUAAGUGAUGGAUACCAACUUGAUGUGACCCGAACUUCUGCUAUUUUAUGCAAAAUGGUUUCAUUUUUCUCGCAAACGUCUGCAAUAUCCUCGUCGUACAUGAUUGUAGUCACCUCGGUCGAUCGAUUUUGUGCUAGUUCAAGUAGCGCUCGUUUACGUAUGUUUAGCAAUGUCAAAGUAAGUCGGUGGGUGAUUUCAUUUGUCCUUAUUUCAAUCGCACUCUUUCACGUCAACACUUUGGUUCUGACUGAUCUACGAUCGACUGACGCACUAGGAUGCCGUGUUCGAGGUGAUACUGUCUACAAACAAGUGUAUAUAUUCAUACAAAUUUUCGUAUAUGUUGUUAUUGCACCUGCUCUCAUGGCAAUAUUUGGUGUUUUGACCAUCUACAACAUAAAAAAGUCGCGUGUUGCUCCUGCUGCAGGCGCACGCAAUCGUCGCACUGAAAGUCAACUUGCUAGUAUGCUCAUCCUUCAAGUGAGCACUAACAUUUUACUUACAGGACCCGCAGGCUUUGCUUCCUUAGCAUCGGUUAUGCCAAAUACAUUUUCAACUACGGUCGACUUUUUUAUUGCUUGGGUAAUCUGUCAGCUAUUUCUUUACAGCUCGUAUACUACACCCUUCUUUAUGUAUAUUAUCUCGGCUAAUAUAUAUAGACAAGAGUUUAUUCGAUUGCUUCGUAAAAUAUUCUGUCGAUAUGAUCAUCAGCAAGCCGAUAUAUUGACCAAUCAGAUAACACCGAUGAAUUCAUAA